CUGUUGAAUGGCUGCCUGCCAACUCAAGCCUGUGCCUGUGCUCAGUCCAUCCCCAGGAGCUCUAGCAAGACACUGGGAAGGAGACAACACGGUGCUCCUUGGAAAACAUGCUGCUUGGGAGCACCCUUCCCCCUGGGCUGGGUCCUGCACCAGCAGUCUCGAUCUUAUCUCUGCACAGCAGGUUUGGGCAAAGCUUAGAGGUCCUCCCCAGCCUUCCUCAGGGCUGUGGCCAACCACUAAACCACAAAUUCCCUCUGUGGUCCAAGAAGCCCACUCAGCCCUGAGCCCUCAGCCCACCACAGAGAUCUGCAAGUGGAUUUUGGGGCAUGGCAGGGUGAGAACUUCUGUCGUUGACAAUCCCAACCCAAGAAUGAAGCAUUCAGGUGUCUGCAGCGGCAAAUGCAAUCAGUAUCAGCAAGACUCCUUCUUAGUGGGACCUCCUGAGGUGUGCCCCCAGGCAGUGGCCAGGGAAGGCGCCAGCCUUUUCCCUGGCCUGGCAUCCCACGUGCAGCAUAGGAGUAGCUUAUGUUGCCAUAGCUGUGAAAUCAGGGGAUUGUCAUAUUGCAAUGAACCUGGCUCUGUGUAUAUAAUCAGCUCAGCCUACUGUCAUGGCGAGAACUCAGGACUUUCACCACCAAAAAUCCAAGCGGCUACAGCUUCAGGGUGAUACAUGUUCCCUCUCGCAGCAUCACUACUUGUGGAUUGGUGCAACCAAACACUGUGCUUCACAGACUCCCCAAAAUGACAAGGUCUUGAGUGUGGGAGCCCAUAAGGCCUCCUGCAAUAAAAAAUGUGUUUGUUUACAGCAAUGUUACAACAACAUGAUGUUGUUUACAACAAUGGGUGGUGUUGUAGCCAUGCCACCCCAUUCUUGGUGUCUCUUCAUUGAGCCCCCAUCUGUUGUCAUUUCAAGCAUAAAGUAGGUAACUUCACUCUAAAGAUCCUUCAUCACCAGUCCUGUCCUCCUAACUUAGCUACUAACUCUAACCACAUCCAUCAGUGAACAUACUGGCUUCCCCAGGUCUUUUGUUAAGUUACAGAAAACACUUUUCCAUGCUAUCCUUUAUGCCCUGAAGGCACACCCAGCUCACAUUCAUGAAAUUACCCCAUCCCUCCAAAUCCUUCUUUUGCCAGGGUGCUGACAAUAACCACGAUAAUCAUUAGGUGGCCGGUAUGCUGAAACGCCCACCUAUUCCACUGCAUAAGGAUGCUUCAUCUCUUCCUUACGCCCUUUCACUGGCCUCCCUUUACCCAAACACAGUCUGCUUUUGGGAAAAUGGGCUGUAACUUCAUCAGGGGUGGGGGCAUCCUUUUGUCCUGCACUUGUACAGCCCCUGCGACAGCGGGGUGCUGGCACCGUGCUCCGGUAGUUCCUCACGAUGCAAAAAGGAGCCCAAGGCAGGUGUGCGUCAAGACCCAACCAACCACUUCUCUCACCAGGCCCUCGCAGCUGGCCCAGGGUUUUGUGCACGACCAUCGAGCCUGGACUCUCCCGAUAAUGCUGUGCAGGGGGGGAGACCCCCCCUUCCACGGAGGGAGGCUCUCCGCAGAGGGCAGGUGGGGUUCCGAGCGAAAGGCACCCCCAGGAGAUGCUCCGCGGCCUGGGUGGGCCCCUCUGAAGGGGCACGGUCCCUCUGCAGCCGGGCUGGCAGGCGGGGGCGGCAGGGACCAGCACUUCGCUGCCCGUGGGAAGGCGCUUUUGAAGGCGGCGGGUCGGGGCGGGCUAACAGGAGGUCGGAGCUUCGCGCCUCCGGAGCGGGCCGGGACCGGGGCCGGGGCCGGCUGCAGGGGGAGCCCCCCCGCCCCGGCUCCCCGCCGCCGGAAGCGCGGGCCAGCUGGCCGCCCGCGCCUCGGUACGCCUCGGUACGCCGCCGCUGCGCUCCGGCCGCCCCCCCCCCGCUCUGCUACCACAGUUCCGCCGGAGAAGACGCGCGACGGCGGGACCAACAGCGGGGCGGCAGGAAGUGAGGGGCCGCUGCGCUCCGCUCGCCGUGUUAUGCGAGAGCGCUCCCGCCCCCGGGGCCGACGAGAGGCAGGCGGCGGCGGCGGCGGCAGGAGCGCGGGCGGGGCGGCGUCGCCCCGGAGAGAGCGGCGGGGGGCCCCGGCGGCGGGCGGGGGCCGCAGGCCGGCGAUGGAGGAAGGGGCAGCAGACCUGCGACAGAGAAAGAAGCAAAACUGUACAGAAUCUGACAAAAUGGCUUCAGAGGAGAGAAACAAAGAAAACGCAAAGCUGGGAAGAUCGCCAAAGUAUAUGUUAAUUCAGCGUUUUGCGAAACUUUUCUUUGGCUGUCUUGCGGCAGUCACUAGCGGAAUGAUGUACGCUGUGUACCUCUCAACAUAUCAUGAACGGAAAUUCUGGUUUUCCAGCAGGCAGGAACUUGAACGAGAAAUUACAUUUCAGGGUGACAGCGCCAUUUAUUACUCAUUCUAUAAAGAACUGCUAAAGGCUCCUUCCUUUGAAAGAGGUGUUUAUGAGUUGACACACAACAAUAAGACAGUAUCACUGAAGACGAUAAAUGCAGUCCAGCAAAUGACUUUGUACCCAGAGUUGAUUGCCAGUGUUUUAUAUCAAGCAUCUGGUAGCGAAGAAGUUAUUGAACCAGUGUAUUUCUACAUUGGUAUAGUUUUUGGACUGCAGGGAAUUUAUGUGACUGCAUUGUUUGUAACCAGUUGGGUUAUGAGUGGGACUUGGCUGGCAGGAAUGCUGACUGUAGCAUGGUUCAUUAUUAACAGGACAGAUACAACAAGAAUUGAUUACUCCAUACCAUCAAGGGAAAAUUGGGCUUUGCCAUAUUUUGCAUGUCAAGUAGCAGCUCUCACAGGCUAUUUAAAAAAAACCCUAAAUUGUUCUGCUGAGAAAUUUUGUUACCUACUGGUGAGUGCUUCAACGUAUACCUUCAUGAUGAUGUGGGAAUACAGUCAUUAUCUCCUGUUUGUCCAGGCUGUUUCUCUUUUUCUGCUAGACAGCUUUGCCCUGGCCCAGACAGAGAAGGUCCAUGAAGUAUACAAAAUCUACUUGUUUUCUCUCUUCUUGGGGUACCUUUUGCAGUUUGAAAAUUCAGCCUUACUAGUGUCACCAUUACUGAGUCUUGUAGCAGCUUUAAUGCUCUCUAAAUGUCUUCAGAUGAAUAUGAAAAAAGGUACAUUUAUGUCAAGAUUGCUGAAAAUAAUGUACAUCUAUUUGGUACUUACAAUAACAGUGACACUAAACUUCUUACUAAAGAUGUUUGUUCCUCAUAAAGAAAAUGAGCAUUUGUUGAAGUUCAUUGAAGUAAAACUUGGCUUAAACACAACUAAGAAUUUUACAAUGAAUUGGCUCCUUUGUCAAGAAUCUCUUCAGGCACCCUCCCAAGACUUUUUUUUGCGACUAACACAGUCAUCACUGUUGCCUUUCUAUAUUUUAGUAUUAAUUAUCUGCCUUUUUUCUGUAACUCAGGUCAUUUUUAGGAGAAUUUGUGGUGAACCACUGAAAGAGACAGUUAAACUUGAGGAUGGUCGAAUUGGAGAGAGGCCAGAAAUAGUUUAUCAUGUAAUUCACACAAUUUUACUUGGUUGUCUAGCGAUGUGUUUGGAAGGAAUGAAAUAUCUAUGGACACCUUAUGUUUGCAUGCUUGCUGCAUUUGGUGUGUGCUCUCCUGAACUUUGGAUGACACUUUUCAAGUGGCUUCGACUGAAAGCUGUGCACCCGAUAUUGCUGGCUCUUAUUCUGAGCAUGGCAGUUCCCACAAUAAUUGGAUUCAGCUUGUGGAAAGAGUUUUUCCCUAGGAUAAUGACAGAGCUUUCAGAACUACAAGAAUUCUAUGAUCCUGAUACAGUAGAACUUAUGACGUGGAUAAAACGACAGGCUCCUGUGGCUGCUGUGUUUGCAGGCAGCCCACAGUUAAUGGGUGUGAUUAAGCUUUGUACCGGAUGGAUGGUGUCAAGCUUGCCUUUAUAUAAUGAUGAUGAUCUUCUAAAAAGAAAUGAAAAUAUUUAUCAGAUCUAUUCAAAGAGGUCAGCAGAAGAUAUUUAUAAGAUACUCACAUCUUACAAAGCCAAUUUUCUGGUUAUUGAAGAUUCAAUUUGCAAUGAAGUGGGACCUGUAAGAGGAUGUAGAGUUAAAGAUCUAUUGGACAUUGCUAAUGGUCAUGUGGUUUGUGAGGAAGGCGACAGCUAUGCCUACUCAAAAUAUGGACGAUUUUGUCAUGAAAUCAAAAUGAACUAUUCUCCAUAUGUGAAUUAUUUUACUCGGGUAUACUGGAAUAGAUCCUAUUUUGUAUAUAGAAUCAACACUGUGAUAUCCUUCCAGUCGUGAAAAAGCAUGCAAGAUUCUUUCUGAGGAUUGUGAAUGAAAUUCAGUUGGAAAAGUUCCUUUUGAUCAAGGAAGUUAUUUUUGCAGAUACAUGUGUGCACAUGCAAAGUAUUGACAACUUUAUUUUACCAAACUGGAAUUCUUUGAACUACAGAUCAACAGACAUAGAUACCAUCCUUGAAGGAAACAGGAAAAUUUGUCAAUUUUACAGUCUCUACAAAGUGUGACAGUCUUCCACGUUUUUGCAUUUUUCUUCCCAUUUAAAUCAUUUUAAUCUUCAUGUAAAUGAGAUUUCUAACUUGAGUGUUAGAGAGCUGAUGUGGGUAGACUUCAGUAAAAGCAGAAAAAUUAUUUAAAGAGUUCAUUUAAGUCAUACAGCUUUUGUUUUCUAGUAAGAAAGCAAUCGGUAUCCCAAGUCUUUUCAAGUAAGUGUUUGGGGUUUUUGGGGUUUUUUUGUUGUUUUAUUCUUCCUGUCUUCCAGUCUAAACAUUUCUGUGUUUAUCAAACACACAUUCCUACAUCUUAUGUAUGGCUAUAGUGUUUGUAUAAAUCAAAUAAGGAAGAUUUUAUUUAAACAACACUUCCAUAGAUUAAGGCACUGAUCUCUACAUUGUUAGCGACAUGUUGUUGGAAGUGCUUGGACUUAGACCUAGCAGUAGCGGUUGACAAGGUCAGAUCUUCAGUUUGGAAAGAACUUGUCUUCAGGAUUUUUCCAUGCUUAAAUGUGUAUGUGUGUAUGCAUGUGUAUGUCUUAGCAGCCAUCAGAAUGGGCCAGUAUACAACAGUAUGCCAUACUUGGUUUUAGACAAGUGUAGCAGGACAACUAGGUUUGCUACUGAGACUUCUGCACUUCUGUUUCACCCCCUCUGUGUGCGUGGUGGUGUAUAUGUGUGUGUGUGUAUGGGGGGAUGGGUGAUAGUAAUUUCAUUCAACUUACUAUGUGAUAGUUAUAUUAAGGUAGUGCCAUAACUGUAAUUUAAAACACUAUAAUUGCCACCAUUAAUAAAUAAUGGUACAGUUGCUCAUAGCUAUUUUUAUAACAAUUAUGCAACUACACCAAGAUCUUUGAAAAUUUGGGAAAGUACUCUGCAAUCUUGCUUCCCUCUAAAAUUUGUCUUCCUUAUAUGACCCCCUUUGCCUCUACAACUAUUUUUCUUAAGAAAUUAUCUGUUCAUCCUGUUUGUUGCUGGCUGAUAUACUUUCAAGAGAAUGAACGAUGCUUUAAUUCCAACUCUGGGCCUAAUCCUGGUGUUGUGAAUGGAAAAUCCAAUAAAAGGUAAUGGUAACUUUGCUUACAUAAGUGUAGCUGGACAAAAAGCCAGGACAUAAGUUUUGAAAGAGGUUAUUCACCCAUUAGGAGUUACCUGCAGUUACGGAUUCGUGUAACACCUGGCCCAGAGACCAGUCCAUUAGGCAUGUAGGAAUGAUUCUUUGGAGCCCAGAUGUCUUUAAUGAAGGUUCUGGCAUAAUAGGAUGAGCCUUCAACUGAAAAAUCUGCAAAUGAUUCUGCAAAUGAAAGCUGCAAAACGAUCCUUACCGCACUUAUUGAUAAAAUGCAAAUUCAGAGAUUUUAACUCUGAAAAUAUUAGGAACUGCAGCAUGUUGGUGUAUAUGUGUGAUUCUUAUCUGUUCUAUGCAGAUAUAUUUGCUUACUUUACACUAGCAGGUAGUGCUGAGAUUUUUUUCAAAACCUAUUAUCACUAUUGGAGUGAUUUAAAAGAAAAAAGCUUUAUUGUUGUAAGUACAUGUCAACAUGUCUGUAAUCUGUUUUUUUUACUUUCAGUUAUAUUUUUAGGCCUAUGAGUCUUGACAGGAUGUUAAAUUAUGCAUUUUAUUUGAAACCAAUGUUCAGAUAAAUCCAUCGAAUAUACUGGAUGUGAUCAUUGAGAGAAACAUUUAUCAGUACAACUGAGUUACAAGUUAAAAGUAAAUAUCCUUUCUGGGGAUAGUGUCGUUGUGUUGAGGGUAGUGCGUACAUGUGUCUCUGGCCAAAUACAGUCUGCAUUUAUUUGCUUAUGCACAAGUGCAUAUGUUUUACUGCACUGGACUGUUUCAGACUUUUCAAUUACCAUAUAACAACAGAAGCUAGUGUAUUAACUUAAGCUAUGGCAGGCCUGCAGGAACCUUCUCUGUAUGUGCUAGUAUGGAUGUAGGUGUAAUACUUGGAAGUGAGUUUAGAGUUCCUUAUGCAAUUUAAGUUUGUUUGAAUCACUGUCAAGGAAUUACAUGUCUGUGUGUCAGUCAUUUACUUGCCUGAAGUUAAUCAUUCAUGAAUAUCAUUUCAUAACAGCAAUAAGGCAUUCCAGGUAGCAAACUUCAGGGUUACAACUGCACUUGGGUGGAUGAAGUCGCAUAGCUUACGGCUUCAUGCCUUAGACUGCCAUGCCAAGAUGCAAUAUUUAACUAUCCUUGACUGCCUGUUGUGUUUUACUGCAAUGCUGUAUGUAUGUGCUACCACAUAGAACAUUGUUUGAAUACUUACAUGUAGAGCACACGUGUAAAGAAAAACAUAAAUGCGGCCAUCUGUACAUCUAAAGAAAACUGUCUUGUAGCAUGUUGGCCUUUAUACAUGUUUAAACAAACAUGUUGAACUUCAUUUGAACUGUGACGUAGUUGUUGUUAUUAGUUUUGUCAUAGUUUUUAAGAUGUAUUCUUGAUACUUCAAUUGAUUCUGGUUUAGGAGAAUCAUUUAAGAUUUUUACCUUGCUUUUUAUAUUAGAGAAAAUUGUAUUGCAGCACCAUUGGCACAGCAGCCUUAAGUAACAGAAGGAGCCUUUUAUGUGGGAGAAACAUUGCUGUUGUUCCAGUAAAAAGGCAUAAUUUUUAAAACGAGUGACUGGAAGAAUCAUAUCUUACAAAGAAAAUGAUGAGCUUGGAUUUCUUACCCAGCUAUGGAUUAGCAAAAAUAAUUAUUGUCUAUUCUAGUCUCCAUCUUCUGUGAAAAAUAAACAGUACGUUUCAUGAUAUCCCUCAGAAGGACAACAAUAGGGCAUAAUUACAUUGGACUUGUACACACAACUUUGGCUCGGUUUUCAUCCAGGUCACAGGUUUAACUCCCUGAAAGGCCUGGGGGAACAUUUUGCAAAAAAUGAUCUGUUUUGCUGUAGAUGUUGCAAUUCAGUUGAAACAUGUGCCUUGCAAGCUUUUAUUAAACAAACAAAAAACUCAAUUUGUGUUUCUUUUUGUGAAGAUUUUUUUUUUAAAUUCCUAUAUCUCUGAUUUCUAGAGCUUCUGUUGUGUCUUAAUAGCCCAGCCUCCGAGGAUGCUCGUGUAGUAAGUGGUGCAGCUAGGAUGUAUGCCAGUCAUCUAACAGCUGUUCACUGGGAAGAAUGAGAAUUUGCAUAGCAAUUUGUGUUGCUAUUUUGCUGGCUUAUUUUCUCCUUCACAUUUCCAACUUCUGAUAUGCUUGAUCUUAGUAAAUGCAAAAAAAUUACCUUGAAAAAAUAAAUGAGUAUAUUAUUUUCAGGCACUCACCUGUUACUGUUAGACUUGUGGAUGAAAGUUGAAUCAAGCCACAGCUAAACUGACAUGUACAAUUUUGUCUUAAUCUUAAAAAAAUGCUCUUUCACUUCCUGAAUUACCACAUACUUGAAUUCAGUUGAUAGAUUUGCCAGGAGAUGUUUGAGACUAAUUAAGUAAAGGCAUUUCAGAACAUAAGCUUCUAUUCAUGUUAUUUUAAAAAAUACUGGUUUUAUUUCUUCCAAAGUAAAUGGAAGUACAAUUAAUACAAUACAAUCUUAAAUGCAAUUUCCAUUGGGGGUUAAGGAGGAGAUACACAAAUAUGGAAGAAAGAGGGCCGAAAGGUUUAACAGGCAUUGAAAAUUCUUCAAACUGUUUGCUCUAGUGGCAUUACUACUUACUGAAAGGUAGAAGUUUAGGGACCAAAUCUUGCUCUUACCACCUUAUUUUUACUAAGUCAUCUGCAAAUGUCCAAAUCUUGUGACCCUUCAUCAGCUUUCCCAUGCAAUUCACAUGAACAGGAGCUGCAGGAUUGGGUCGUAGGGAUUGUAAGCUGUCAUUGAAACACUUCUUGAUGACUGCUGUUAACUUCAUAUAAUCUAUCCUUUAACCAAAUAUCUAAGAGGAAGAAAGCGUAAGCUGUUGGUGUGUAUGCGUGGGCAUGCGUGUUGUGUUUGCAUUUAGAGAUGGCUGGUUUACUGUUGCGUUGUGGAGAUGUAACGAGUAGCUUCUAUUAUCGCUAAUGCUGGUUGAAUCUAUUAAUCUUCUAAAUAACUGACAGGCAGGUGGACUUUAGAGUACCAUGGUAUUAGAGAUGAAAGAAAAGCUGAAUUUAUUCCAACACAAGCAAUAUUUCAUGUGAAAUAAUACCUCAACAUAAAUCUGUAUAAUCAUGCCUUUAGUACUCUUUUUAAAACUUAACUUUAGGGGAAAAAAAAGAAGUGAGAAUUCUAAAACAUGCAGUGUGUGUUAUUUUAGUAAUCAUUUCUACUUCAUGAGUACAGCUAAAAGAAAAUAUCACCAUUAUGUUGCUGCACUUAUACUAUGCCAAAUGCAGAGCUAGCAAUGCCUAAAGGUCUUCUGAAUUGUUUGGUACUUCAAUUAGAUUUUUAAAUGUGUAAUUAAUCUGGCAAUGUUUUUGAUUUCAGCACAGUUAAAUGUAUGUAAUUCUGCCUUUCAAGUGAUGUUUAAGGUUACCUAUUUAUUUGAUGGAAAAGAGGUGGGUGUUUAAUGCCUUUCAAAGUUUCAAACUUUGUUACUUCAGUAAUGCAGAACAAUUAUUGGUGGUGCUUUACUUGUUAACAGUGACAUUUAGCAGUAGCGUGUAUGGCAUAUGGACGUAUCUAUGUGCCGCUAUUUAAUAACAAAUCUAAGGAAUCCAAUUCCUUUUAUCUUGUUUGUUGUCUUGGACAGUUUUUUAUCAAAAUAAUGUAUACAUCGUAAAUAUUUUUCUCUUGUGACAAACUUUUUUUUCUGUGGGAAAAAAAAAUUGUAAUAAAAGCCAAGUCCAGAAAGUAUGGAUUGUUUGGGACACCUUUUUAUGCUUUUUUUUGAGAAGUCUGAUACCCUUUCACAAAAAACAUGUAGUUUGUAAUGAAUUAACCUCCUUCCGCUGUUGCAGUAAUAAAAUGAUUUUUGUAUUCUGUUGUAUUAUUUGCAUAUGCAAUUUUCAGUCAAGUGAAGACUGUACAGCACAGCUAAGAUAUCUGUCUUGACAGGGCAGCAUAAAUAGUCUUGCAGCUCUGGAGGAUUACCAGCCUGCUCAGACUGGAUCCAUAUGUCAUGCUGACUGUGCCUACCUGUUGAGAUAUACUGGUAUGAAGAUGAGCGGCAAAAUAUGAGAUGCUUCUUACGGAAUUACUGAACUCUGACUUUCUCCCUACAGAUCCUCCUACAGCAAGCAUGUCACCUGGAAAUAAAUUCCUAUGCAACAUCAAA